CGGGUUUCAUUCCCACUGGAGUGCAGUUCGUGAACGGUCGUUCUCUCCUCUCUCUCUCUCGCAGAAGUAAAACUUAAAGUUUUGUGCGCGCAUGCGUCUCGUCUUAGAAAAACCUGCAAUCAGAAAUCUCGAAUCGUGAAAAUCCUUUUCUGCCAUACCAAAAAUAGAGCCGGACAAAGCAAAGCGUUCGAUUGCCUUCUGCCAAUUUGAGCAGGGUAACAAAUAGAGCAAAUUACAAAUUAAUUGCCGCCCUGACCGUGAUUUGUUUACGUUUUUUUCUUCACUUUUUUUUACAUUGUGUGAGUGUGAGAAAUUUGUUGGCCAAAAAAAAUAUUCCAGAUAUUCCCAGAGAUAUAUAUUCGAAAUUCGAAUUGGCGAAGUGAAGGGUGUGACGACAGACGCACACACACGCACGCACACGUAAACGCACUGAAAAAACACCGGCUAAAAGGCAGACGAAAAGGAGACGAGAGAGCGAGUGCUAAAUAGAAAACGCGAAAACAGGAUAAUAAUCAGCAAACUAAUACUAUAAAACAAGCAACUAAGUGACAUCUCGAUCUCGACGAGAAGCAACAAAAACAACAGUUACAACUUCGGCAACAGCAACAAAAACAGCGGCAGCAGCAACAGCAACAACAACAGAAGCAGCAAAGAGCAUAGAGCCAAAAAGAAGGAGCAGCAAAAGCAAAGAAACAACAUUAAGCUCGAUCUUCCACUCGCAAAGAAGCCGGAUUCCGGAGACAGCCUCAAGAUUGCUCCCAUAAGCACCAUGAACGGCCAGGGCUGCGAGCUGGGCCACAGCAACGGGGACAUCAUCUCACAGAACCAACAGAAGGGAUGGUGGACCAUCGGCCUGAUCAAUGGCCAGCACAAGUACAUGACCGCGGAGACCUUUGGGUUCAAGCUCAACGCCAAUGGCGCCAGUCUGAAGAAGAAGCAGCUGUGGACGCUGGAACCCUCGAACACCGGCGAAAGUAUUAUCUACUUACGAUCUCAUCUGAACAAGUACCUUUCGGUCGAUCAGUUUGGCAACGUGCUGUGCGAGAGCGAGGAGCGGGACGCGGGCAGCCGCUUCCAGAUCAGCAUCAGCGAGGAUGGCAGCGGCCGUUGGGCGCUGAAGAACGAGUCGCGCGGCUACUUCCUGGGCGGCACUCCGGACAAACUGGUCUGCACGGCCAAGACGCCCGGGGCCAGUGAGUUCUGGACGGUCCAUUUGGCUGCCCGGCCGCAGGUGAAUCUGCGCUCCAUCGGACGCAAACGGUUCGCCCAUCUGUCGGAGUCGCAGGACGAGAUCCAUGUGGACGCCAAUAUUCCGUGGGGCGAGGAUACGCUCUUUACGCUGGAGUUCCGUGCCGAGGAGGGCGGUCGCUAUGCUCUGCACACGUGCAACAACAAAUAUCUGAACGCCAAUGGAAAAUUGCAGGUGGUUUGCAACGAGGAUUGCCUGUUCAGCGCCGAAUAUCAUGGUGGCCAUCUGGCGCUGCGCGAUCGUCAGGGUCAGUACUUGUCGCCGAUUGGCUCCAAGGCGGUGUUGAAGUCGCGCUCGUCGUCGGUGACGCGGGAUGAGCUCUUCUCGCUGGAGGAUUCGCUGCCCCAGGCCUCCUUUAUAGCCGGACUCAAUUUGCGAUAUGUGAGCGUGAAGCAGGGCGUCGAUGUGACGGCCAACCAGGACGAGGUGGGCGAGAACGAGACGUUCCAGCUGGAGUACGACUGGUCGGCGCACCGUUGGGCCCUUCGCACCACCCAGGAUCGCUACUGGUGUCUCUCGGCGGGUGGUGGCAUCCAGGCCACCGGAAAUCGUCGCUGUGCCGACGCUCUCUUCGAGCUAAUCUGGCACGGCGACGGCUCGCUUUCGUUCCGGGCCAACAACGGCAAGUUCUUGGCCACCAAGCGCUCUGGCCAUCUGUUCGCCACGUCGGAGUCGAUCGAGGAGAUAGCCAAGUUCUAUUUCUACUUGAUCAAUAGACCAAUUCUGGUACUGAAGUGCGAGCAGGGAUUCGUGGGCUAUCGCACGCCCGGCAACCUGAAGCUCGAGUGCAAUAAGGCCACCUACGAGACCAUCCUGGUGGAGCGGGCCCAGAAGGGCCUGGUGCAUCUGAAGGCGCACAGCGGCAAGUACUGGCGCAUCGAGGGCGAAAGCAUCUCGGUGGAUGCCGAUGCGCCCAGCGAUGGAUUCUUCCUGGAGCUUCGUGAACCGACCAGGAUCUGCAUAAGAUCGCAGCUGGGCAAGUACCUGGGCGCUACGAAGAACGGGGCGUUCAAGCUGCUGGAUGAUGGCACCGAUUCGGCCACACAGUGGGAGUUCUAGGGCGUGACCACGACCAUCCCGAAUGGGUUGCUGCAAGCGUCAUCAGUAUCACAAUUACAAUCACACACACACUUCCCAAACAAGCGGGGAUACCCUAAUUAUCGAUCGAGAAGAGUCGCACAAGAAUUUGAGAUCCUAAACAAUUGCAAAAUGAACGAGAAAAUUAAAGGAAGGAAACGUUAAAAGACCCAAGGAGAUACGAGUGAAUGAAAUAUGAAGAAACAAACUUAUAUAUUUAUAUAUAAAGAUCUACGUAUACAUAGAGAGAGAUUUUUUUUAAAAACAACCUAUUUAGCUUUUUAUACGUUUUAUACGAUGAGAAUAUCAACAAACAAGAACAAGAAAUCUUUUAGCGUAGACAACAAAAAACAAAACUUCUGUCGCGAGUCCUUCCGUUUUAUCAAAUAUAUCAGCAACUAGGCCAGCAAAAAUGAAGAUGAACGUAAUGGUUAUACAAGCACAUCAUAUAUACACCUAUAUAUAUACAUAUUCGAUUCGUAAAGCUUCACGGAAAAGAAACUGAAAAAAGAAAAUGGGGAAAUAAGAGCAUAAAAAAACAUGAAAAAAAUAAAAAUAAAUCAACACAUA